CAGUCAGUCGCACGAUUGUCAUCGCCGGCAGCGCACCCUAGUCGCCAAUCGUCCGCCUUCAAUCUCGAGACCUCUCAACUCGAUACUCAACUCAUUCUUCGCGCCGCUUUAUUUUUUUCGACCAAUAUACGGUUCAAGUUCCCAAAAUCCGAGAUUCGUAUCUUUAGCAGCGAUAGCUGCAUACUUUUAAAAACCUUUUUUACACGCGUUUUUCUCCUUAUUUUUCCCGCCGUUUUUUCGCCUCGAAGUUCGGUCCUUUUCAAGAGUCUGAAACUAAUUUUGGAUACGCAACUCUAUUUACUCGCGUUGUGAGAAGUGCAUCUUCAGGUGGAAUUCAAAUCUUCAAAAGUGUGUGUUCGUCUCUUUGAGGCCUUCAAUUAUUGUGUCCGCUUUGACUAAGUUCACGUGUGCGGUCGGAGUUUUUCAAUCAGUUGGAUUACCUGGGACGCUUUCCUGAAGUUUAGUGUCGGGGGAAGUUUUUCGCUUUGUCAGGAAAGUCGGAGCUCUCGAGGGAUUGGAUUUAAAAAGGUUCAGUGUCAAAGCUGGGAUUUCGGUUCCGUGCUAUGUGCGUUUUUGCCACAUCCAAGGAGCGAACGUGGUGUAGAUGUUUGUCAUGUUAAGUCUGACCUAUAUACAUCUCAAUUUCCGAAAAAAUAAGUUAUUUUUCUUCCUAGUGUUGACGAAUGUAGAGCCUCGUUAGACCACAACUAUGCAUCAGUCUACCCAAGUUUUGCUACUGGUAUCAUGGUGUCUCAUGUCAAAUAUCCUAGCUGGUCCGACAAGUCGUGCACUGCUAGGACAUUCGUUCAACAAAAGGUCGUUCUUCAACUUAGAGUGCAAGGGCGUCUAUGACAAAAGCAUAUUCGCCAAACUAGACCGUAUCUGCGAAGACUGUUAUAAUCUUUUUAGGGAGCCUCAGCUUCAUUCACAAUGCAGGAAAAAUUGCUUUACGACGGAUUACUUCAAAGGCUGUUUGGAAGUUCUGUUGCUUGAAGAUGAAAUGGAAAAGAUACAGACGUGGAUAAAGCAAUUGCAUGGGGCCGAAAGCGGGGUUUAGAAGCGGAUGUUUCACCUCGGAGUUUUUCGAAGCAUGUCUGGAGGCCCUUCUGCUGAAGGAGGAGGAAAUGUCCAUUUACAGGAAAGUGGGCUACCUGCGUGAGAAGAGGAACUGACGAGAGACACCCCCCAGGACGUCUCCAUAGUGUCCCGGACCGAGACAAAAACCACAUCACACUUAUUCAUUCUAGUCUGAUUUGGACGGCCCGGUCCAACCCCCGCCGUCCAUCUCUAUUAUUCUAAGUUUAAUCAUUUUUAUUUUAUAUUUUACUUAUUUAAAAAAAAAAAUCAUAAUAAAAUAAUAAAAAACAAGCCUCGCCA